UGGGCCUUCCCCCUUCCUUCAUGGAUUCUGCCCUAUUAAAGAUUAGGAACUAGAAGGAGUUUAAAAAUUUUUUUUUUUAAAUCUGCAACCAGUUGAGUUAGAUUAUUGGUAGUUUUUUAAAUUUUAAAAAUUUCUUAGGGAUGGGUAUGCAGGGGGAAGAGUUAGCAAAGUAAUUAUAGGCAACAUGAGUGGAGAACUUGGAGCAUUUUGAGUGUAUCUGGCCAGAAAUCUGGAGCCUUCUCCAUCUUUUAAGAUGUUUUUUUCCAGCUCUUUCAGUGAGCGGUAUAAAAGGAGGGGAAGCCGGGAGGAGAAAGAAAAGUGAGAAAAGCCAGGAGGGAGGGAAAAAAAAAAAAAAGCUGGCCCAGGCCCAUCGUGAAGGUACAGGGAAAGUUUUUUCAGAGGUGGAGAGAAGGAAACCCGAGCUGUUAUGUACCCCAGGGAUGCACUUCUAGUGGGGAUGGAGGAUUUGAGUGGCAAGGGGGGCACAGUGGCCUCCGGGGUCUCUCUCUUGCAGCAGUUGGGCGGUUGGCACCUCAAUUUGAAUUGCUGGUCGAACAAAGUGCCGGUGGUGCAGCACCCUCACCAUGUCCACCCGCUCACGCCUCUUAUCACCUAUAGCAACGAACACUUCACCCCGGGAAACCCGCCGCCACACUUACCAGCUGACGUAGACCCCAAAACAGGAAUCCCACGGCCUCCGCACCCUCCAGACAUAUCUCCGUAUUACCCGCUAUCGCCUGGCACCGUAGGACAAAUCCCCCAUCCGCUAGGAUGGUUAGUACCACAGCAAGGUCAACCAGUGUACCCUAUCACGACAGGAGGAUUCAGACACCCUUAUCCCACCGCGCUGACCGUCAAUGCUUCCAUGUCCAGCUUCCUGUCUUCUAGGUUCCCUCCCCAUAUGGUCCCACCACAUCACACUCUGCACACCACCGGCAUUCCCCAUCCGGCCAUAGUCACACCAACGGUCAAACAGGAAUCCUCCCAGAGUGACGUCGGCUCCCUCCACAGCUCAAAGCACCAGGACUCCAAAAAGGAGGAAGAGAAGAAGAAGCCCCACAUAAAGAAGCCCCUCAACGCAUUCAUGUUGUAUAUGAAGGAAAUGAGAGCAAAGGUCGUGGCCGAGUGCACGCUGAAGGAGAGCGCGGCCAUCAACCAGAUCCUCGGGCGCAGGUGGCAUGCACUGUCCAGAGAAGAGCAGGCGAAGUACUACGAGCUGGCCCGGAAGGAGCGACAGCUUCACAUGCAGCUGUACCCUGGCUGGUCCGCGCGGGAUAACUAUGGGAAGAAGAAGAAGAGGAAAAGGGACAAGCAGCCAGGAGAGACCAAUGAACACAGCGAAUGUUUCCUAAAUCCUUGCCUUUCACUUCCUCCGAUUACAGACCUGAGCGCUCCUAAGAAAUGCCGAGCGCGCUUUGGCCUUGAUCAACAGAAUAACUGGUGCGGCCCUUGCAGGAGAAAAAAAAAGUGCGUUCGCUACAUACAAGGUGGAGGCAGCUGCCUCAGCCCACCCUCUUCAGAUGGAAGCUUACUAGACUCGCCGCCCCCCUCCCCGCACCCGCUGGGCUCCCCUCCCCCCGACGCCAAGGCACAGACUGAGCAGACCCAGCCGCUCUCGCUGUCCCUGAAGCCCGACCCCCUGGCCCACCUGGCCAUGAUGCCCCCGCCGCCCGCGCUCCUGCUGGCCGAGGCCGCCCACGGCAAGGCCUCCGCCCUCUGUCCCAACGGGGCCCUGGACCUGCCACCUGCCGCCCUGCAGCCACCCCUCGCCCCCUCCUCGCUCGCACAGCCGUCGACGUCUUCCUUACAUUCCCACAGCGCGCUGGCCGGGACGCAGCCCCAGCCGCUGUCCCUCGUCACCAAGUCUUUAGAAUAGCUCUCGGUGUCCCGCCUGGUGUGAGUGUCCCCCCCGGUCCUUGGUUUGCCUCCCCCCACCGGAAAGCUUUUGUUUUGUACUCUUUUAAUUUUGUGCCACGUGGCUACAUGAGUUGAUGUUUAUCGAGUUCAUUGGUCAAUAUUUGACCCAUUCUUAUUUCAAUUUCUCCUUUUAAAUAUGUAGAUGAGAGAAGAACCUCAUGAUUCUACCAAAAUUUUUAUCAACAGCUGUUUAAAGUCUUUGUAGCGUUUAAAAAAUAUAUAUAUAUACAUAACUGUUAUGUAGUUCGGAUAGCUUAGUUUUAAAAGACUGAUUAAAAAACAAAAAGGAAAAAAAAAAAGAGAGAAGCAAUUUUGAAGCAGCCCUCCAGACGGAGUUGGUUCUGUAUUAUUUGUAUUAAAUACGAGCUUGCGAACCAAUCAUUUUACACCUGGUUUUUAAACCACAGGGGCACGGUGAAUGCAGUGCCAUUACCUUUUUUUUUUUUUUCCUGUGUGAAACAACUUUUAUUGUGAUGUUACUUGUUAUUGUUUAAAUGUACAGAAACAAAGGGUUAAAAUGUGUUAAUAUACCUUGUUCCAUGGUGUUGUUCUUUUGGGGGGAGGGGGAUGCUACUCAACAAUU